AUGGCGUACGAACUACCCUUCAAACUUAAUCGCCCUGAUCUGUUGAUCACAGACUCCUAUAUCGCAGGUCAAACAAAAAGCGCCCUGUCAGGUGCAACGUUUGACGUCCUCGAUCCGGGAACGAACAAGCCUUGGACAAAGGUAACAAACAACUCGGCAGACGACGUAGACCACGCCGUGCAGACAGCGUACGAUGCCUUCCAAACUUUCAAGAAGACAUCCCCAAGAGCACGCGCACAGUGGCUUUUGAAGUGGGACGCUCUCAUCCGCAAGCACAAGGCUGACUUGGCCACACUGCUUGUCUAUGAAACGGGCAAACCUUACACGGAAGCUAUCGGGGAGAUGGACUAUUCCUUAACCUUCACUGCCUGGUUUGCUGGCGAGGCAGAGCGUAUCCAGGGAACAUGCUUCGCUCCAUCUGCACCAAAUAGACGGGUUUUGACUAUCAAACAACCACUUGGUGUCGCUGUAGCCCUUGUUCCCUGGAACUUCCCUGUUGCAAUGGUUUUACGAAAGGCUGCUGCAGCGUUGGCGGCAGGGUGCACUAUGGUAGUGAAGCCAUCACCAGAAACACCGGUGACUGCCAUGGCUUUGGCCAAGUUGGCCAGCGAGGCUGGGUUUCCAGAUGGUGUCUUGAACAUCUUGCCUACUAGCUUGGACAAUACGCCGUCGUUGAGUGAGGCGCUUUGCAAGCAUGACCUUGUGAAGAAGGUCACUUUUACUGGAUCAACGCGCGUCGGAACUCUAGUUGCGAAUCUCUGCAGCUUGGGCCUCAAGAAAGUCGUUCUUGAGCUUGGAGGCAACUGUCCCUGUCUGAUCUUUGAUGACGCCGACAUAGAGGCAGCCCUACGUGAACUCGUGGGGCUCAAGUGGCGUCACGCCGGUCAAGCUUGCGUUACAGUGAAUCGCUUCCUUGUCCAAUCAGCCGUGUACGACAAGUUCCUGCAACGUUUUGUGGAAGAAACAGCAAAAUACGUCGUAGGCCACGGUGCUUCUGAAGGAACUACUCUUGGACCUGUGACAAAACCCGAAAGCCUGGACCGGGCUGAACGCCUCAUCAAAGACGCCGUUUCAAAAGGUGCCCGAAUCGUGACAGGCGGCAAUCGUCUUUCUCCAAAGGGCGGCGAAGGGGGUUACUUUUUUGAACCAACUAUCCUGGCAGACAUGACUCACGAUACUCUCGUUUCUUGCGAAGAGUGUUUUGCGCCUAUCGCUGCGUUUUACAAGUUCGAGACAGAAGAGGAGGCCGUUCGUGUAGCCAAUGAUACGCCGAUGGGCUUGGCCAGCUAUGCCUUUACCAAGAACUCUGAUCGUAUUUGGAGACUCUUUGAGAAUCUUGAAGCUGGCAUGAUUGCGCUGAAUACCGGUAAUUCGUCGGCGGCUGAGUCGCCUUUUGGAGGCAUCAAAAUGUCUGGCUACGGAAAGGAAGCUGGGAAGGAUGUGGCUGUAAAUGAGUACAUGGUUCACAAGACAGGCACGAUCACCAUCGAUGGCUUGGUGUAA